AUGUCUUCCGGUGAGAGCUCGACGAUUUUUGGCUUCCCUGAGUACCCAAAAUUCGAGCGCAACAAAUCACGAUUCCCACAAGAAACUUUUCUUGGCAGAUAUCUUCACUACUUGGAUGUGAUCGAUCCUAGGACAUUACUGACAAGUGAUACGAAAUUGAAAGAAUGCGUCGAGUUGUUGAAGGCGCAUGAUGAGGGAAAAGCCACCGGCGCAUCGGAUCGACAACUGUGGCAAGCGCAAAAAAUUAAAGGAGCAAUCUUGCAUCCGGAUACCGGCGAGAAAGUGUUGCCUCCGUUUCGUAUGUCCGGUUUUGUGCCAUUUGGAUGGAUUACUGUGACGGGUAUGUUGUUACCAAAUCCCUCGUGGCCGACUCUCCUCUUCUGGCAAUGGAUCAAUCAGUCGCACAACGCUUGUGUCAACUAUGCGAAUCGAAACGCUUCACAGCCUCAACCAAUCUCGAAGUACGUGGGUGCCUACUUUGCCGCCGUCACCUCAGCGUGCUCGAUUGCUGGCGGUUUAACCUAUUUCAUCAAAAAGGCCAGCUCAUUGCCGCCAACGACGCGAAUGAUCGUGCAAAGAUUUGUCCCAUUGCCAGCGACUUCGUUGGCGUCAUCGUUGAACGUGUUGUGCAUGCGUGGAAGCGAGAUGCAAACAGGAAUUGAGGUCUACGAUCGCCAAGGCCAAGUGAUCGGCGUGAGUAAAGUGGCGGCGAAACAGGCCGUCUUGGACACAACACUGACUCGAGCCUUCCUCCCAGUUCCCCUACUCGCCCUUCCACCAUGUAUAAUGCCAUUUUUUGAGAAGUUCUCAUGGGUUCAAAAAUCCUCGGUUCGUCAUUUGUUAGUGAACGCGAUUGUGUGCACGAUCUCUUUCGGAAUCUCGCUACCAAUAGCGCUCGCCCUUUUCCCGCAAGAGUCAACGAUCUCAAUCGAUCAGCUUGAGCCCGAGUUCCGCGAGAAGACCAAAUCCCUCGAGCUCUACUAUAACAAGGGUCUA